ACACACAUUUCAUUUCAGUUCAGAUCUCUCUGGACACAAAUUGCUCCAAACUGCUGGAUUGACUCCUUUUUCAAUCCCCUGAAUCAACUUGACCUUCUCCGUCGAUCCGUCUUUGUGUCAGUCUCAACCUGUCUGUCCUGAAGUUUGUCGGGUUCAUCAAAUUCACGCUGACAUUCAGUGACUGAGGCUGAGCAGGAACGCUCACACUCACAGCUGGAGAGUGGCCGUCAUUCAUCACAGAUCAUCUGAAUACGUGCAUCUGUCAGCUGUUAAAUCUGCUGCUCCUACAUCCUGAGGAUCAACUCUGAAGAGGAGGAGUGCCUGGCUUACUAGCACCUCACCAACAAGAAGAAAGCAUCCAUCAGUUUAACUUCAGUCUACAAUCAUCAGGCUAUCACUGGAUUAGAAGUUUCCUUUCUCUGUAUCCUAAAUCAGGUGGAUAUUGCCCAGCUCACAGUUUAGCAGUGAGUAAGGAAUUUGAGUUGUAAUCAGUCAUGGCAGACUGGAGCCUACUGGGAAACUUCCUGGAGGAAGUACAGGAGCACUCUACCUCUGUUGGCAAGGUGUGGCUGACCAUCCUGUUUAUCUUCCGAAUCCUUGUUCUCGGGACAGCAGCUGAGUCAUCGUGGGGAGAUGAACAGGAAGAUUUUAACUGUGACACUGAACAGCCAGGCUGUGAGAACGUCUGUUAUGACCGAGCCUUCCCCAUAGCACACAUACGAUACUGGCUGCUCCAAAUUGUAUUUGUAUCCACUCCCAGUCUGAUCUACAUGGGCCACACUAUGCACACUGUCCUCAGAGAGGAGAAAAGAAGGAACAGGGAGGAGGAGGGAAGAGAGGAGGGAGGGGGAGAAGAAGACCUAGGAGGAGGUGAAGGAGGAGGUGGAGUUGGAGAGAAACAAGAGAGGAAAGGGGAACGAGAUGGAAAUGAAAAAAAUGAAAGUCACUCAGCAGGUCGAAUUCGCCUGAGGGGAGCACUGCUGCAGACAUAUGUUCUGAGUAUACUGAUACGCAGCAUCAUGGAGGUGGUGUUUCUGUCUCUUCAAUAAUUCCUGUAUGGAAUCUUUCUCAAUCCUCUGUACGUCUGCAAGGCAUGGCCAUGUCCACAUCCAGUUAACUGCUAUGUCUCCAGACCUACAGUAAAAAAUGUCUUUAUAGUGUUCAUGUUGGUCGUGUCAGCUGUCUCUCUGGUCCUCAGUGUGCUUGAACUACAUCACCUGGCAUGGAAACAUUGUUGCAGAUUCGGUUCCAAUAAGUAUUUUAAGCCUUCAGUGAUUCAGAUUUACUUCCUGGAAUUUACCAUUAGAACAAAUGGAAUGAAGAAAACAGGGAUUGGUUUCCACUUUGUGCAUAAUUUUAAAUCUUACAUUUUCCCACUGGUUCACUCUGUUUAUUGCAGGUGGUUCUUGUGCUCUGCAAAAGCCAACAAAGCAGCCAACACCUCUCUGAGCCGACAGCUCUCUUUGUCUCCUCCACCACCAUCGACACCACCUCCAGAUUUCAACCAGUGCGUGACUGGCUCCACACACUUCCUACCCCUCCCCUUCCCCAACCACCGACUAGCAAACCAACAAAACUCUGAAAACAUGGCUACCGAGCAGAACAAAAUGGCAGCCGCAGUGGAAGAGGUAAACUUCCUCCAAAUGAGCUGCUAUUCGCAUGGAUGGCAGAAGACCAAUGACGGUCAGAUCCAAGAUGGGAGAUACCUGAGACCCGAUGCUAACUGCUAUACCCCCGAGAGCAGGGACGUCGGCUGUGUUCAGAUCCAAAAUGGUGGCCCAGAUGUGCUGCUGCAUAAGGACAAGCGAAGAUACAGCAAAGCCAGCGGAACGAGCAGCCGAACUAGAGCAGAUGACCUCGCAGUUUAGAAAAAAAAUUAAAAAAUAGAUAAUAGAUUUACAAACCUGCUGAAAAAACCCACACAUGCCUAAAAGACAAUCUAAAGCUGAAUAAGUCCGUCCACCUUAGCUUUCAUGACAUGAUUCAUUUUAUCUAAGGAAUCGUACAGAUGAUGACUAAUUCCUUUUAUCUUCUUCCUUCCAACAUUAUACGGCUCCUAAUGACUUAAACGAUGGUCUUUACCCAACAUCUGAGUAAUCGCCCUGCACUAGGGAUUGAACAACUGGGCAGCAAUGUCUGGAGUUGUGGUGCUACACAGAUUGCUAAAUCCAUCAAGAAUAACUGGAUUGUGGCUUCUUCUUGAACUGAAACAAACAUGCACCUGAAGCUUGCACUGUUUAUAUGCUGAGACUUAAGUCACCAAAAAGGCCAUAAAAGGUGAAAAAAAAAA